CCCUCCCUCUCUCUCUCUCUCUCUCUCCCUCCCUCCCUCUCUCUCUCUCCCUCCCUCCCUCUUUCUCUCAGUUCAGUUCACUGCUUCUCUGAUCGGAGACUCUUUCUCAGCUUUGCUCCUGAGCUGGAUGGGCAGAAAUGUCGUCAUCAGAAACCCUCCUCUGGAUCACUUUGGCUCUGUGUGCAGCCACUGGAGGAUCUGAGGUGCUCUACAAGAAACGUGGACAGGAGGUGACGAUGGACUGUGGUGAUGUAGGCACAAGGACAGCAAAUUAUGCGGAAUGGAAACACAACAGUGUCCUCGUCUUUAAAAUUAAUACCAAAAGGGGAGGUGUAAUCAAAGGGAGCGCUGCUGUUGCUAAGAAGGCAAAGCCAAUUGGAGACAGCCUGAAGAUUCCUUCAGUGGAGGCCGGUGACACUGGAGUCUACACCUGCAGUGGAGUUGAUAUAAACGGGAACCAAAUCAAAAAGGAGCACAAACUGCAUGUUGUGUCAGUCUCUGUGAGUCCUUCAGACACUGUGCUGAUCCCCUCUGGUGUGACCCUGAGGUGUGACGUUGAAGGAGACUCAACAGCGCAGGUUCAGUGGAAGAAGCCUUCAGGUGCUGAACAUCAUGGAAGCCCCGGCAACACCGUAACCCUGGAAUCUGUGACAUUGGAUGAUGCCGGCCAGUGGACCUGUCAGAUCAAAGAUAACGGGGGGAAAGAGGUGGGGAAGAUAGAACAGGUCAUCACUGUUGUAGGCCCUCUACAAGCCCCUGAGCAAGUUUCAGGUCUUACAGGAGGCACUGUACAACUACCAUGUUCCUUGCCCAUUUUGAGUAGUCUGACUAUAGAUGGAGUGAGGUGGACACAUGAGUCCCCUGCUGACUUCCAUCUCCUAAAUUUAACAAAAGUUUCAAGUUCAAAAGUCAAGUUUGCUGCCGACCCCCGCAGCGGCAACUUUACUGCGACACUGACAAAAUUAAAGCCUUCUGACACUGGAGUGUAUGUCUGCACUGUAGAUGUGAAAGGACAGACUCGGACAAAGAAGCUGACUCUGACGGUACAGGGAGGGACCACUGCUGCUACCGUGAAGGACCCAACCACUGUAGGAUUGUGGGUCUGGGUCGCCGUAGCAAUAGCCGGCGUAUUUCUGAUUCUGCUGGCUGUUGUCACUACACUUAUUUAUCACAGGAACAGACGUAUGAGGAGAAAGGUGAGAAAACUGAGGUCUGUGCGGCAGCCGCUCACAAACAGGACUUACUGCCAGUGUGACAGGCCUGUAAGACAGCCUCAUCCAGCGGGAAAGAAGGAGAGACCACCUCCACUACCCAGAUAUCAAUAUGACGUUAUGAGUGAAUAACAUCAGACAGUACGAUGACAUUGAGACUGAUAAUAAUACAGAGAGGAAUGGAGUUUCAGACACGCCCAAAAAUGAAAAGAAAUUUGUUUUCCUGAGAUUAAACUUUCAUUUCAGCUUCAUGUAUUAGCCACAAUGCAAUGUUAGCAUGGCCAUAUGCAGCUGCAAAUAAAGCCAUAAACAAAGCUGCAAAUAACUGCCUUGAAAUGAAUGUGAAUAUAUAUUGAUGUAUCAUGAGCUCUGAAAUAUUCCCAUUAAGCCUUAGUCAUUGGAAAAAAUGCAGAUUAGCUUUCAUACAGUCUGGUUCCUGUGGCUGCUCUUUCAUUUCUGCUUCAUGUUUUAGCUCCAGUGUGAUGUUAACAAGUGGACUCUUCUCUGAUGUCGUAUCUUUAUGUCUGUCAUUUGUAAAUACUAUAUUUUCCAGAAUGUUUGCAGGAUAAUGAUAACGUGCUACACUCACAAGCCACUUAAUUAGGUACACCUUGCUAGUAAAAGGUUGGACCCCCUUUUGCCUUCAGAACUGCCUUAAUUCUUCAUGGCACACUUUCAACAAGGUGUUGGAAACGUUCCUCAGAGAU